UCAAACCCUUUCUUCACCACAUUUUUUCACUGAGCCCUUAAACGAGAUUAGAGACUCUCUCUCUUCUCUCUUCCUCUCUCUCUUUCUCCGGCGAUGGUUGUUGCUAUGGACCAACGCACCUAUGUGAACGGAGAUUCCGGCGCCGGAGACCGGAAGAAAGAAGAAAGGUUUGAUCCGAGUGCACAACCACCGUUUAAGAUCGGAGAUAUAAGGGCGGCGAUUCCUAAGCACUGUUGGGUUAAGAGUCCUUUGAGAUCAAUGAGUUACGUCGUCAGAGACAUUAUCGCCGUCGCGGCUUUGGCCAUCGCCGCCGUGUAUUUUGAUAGCUGGAUCCUUUGGCCUCUUUAUUGGGCCGCUCAAGGAACACUUUUCUGGGCCAUCUUCGUUCUCGGCCACGACUGUGGACAUGGGAGUUUCUCAGACAUUCCUCUGCUGAAUAGUGUGGUUGGUCACAUUCUUCAUUCUUUCAUCCUCGUUCCUUACCAUGGUUGGAGAAUAAGCCACCGGACACACCACCAGAACCAUGGCCAUGUUGAAAACGACGAGUCAUGGGUUCCGUUACCAGAGAGGGUGUACAAGAAAUUGCCCCAUAGUACUCGGAUGCUCAGAUACACUGUCCCUCUCCCCAUGCUUGCUUAUCCUCUCUAUUUGUGCUACAGAAGUCCUGGAAAAGAAGGAUCACAUUUUAACCCAUACAGUAGUUUAUUUGCUCCAAGCGAGAGAAAGCUUAUUGCAACUUCAACUACUUGUUGGUCCAUAAUGUUUGUCACUCUUAUCGCUCUAUCAUUCAUCUUCGGUCCACUCGCGGUUCUUAAAGUCUACGGCGUACCGUACAUCAUCUUUGUGAUGUGGUUGGACGCUGUCACGUAUUUACAUCACCAUGGUCACGAUGAGAAGUUGCCUUGGUAUAGAGGCAAGGAAUGGAGUUAUCUACGUGGAGGAUUAACAACAAUUGAUAGAGAUUACGGAAUCUUCAACAACAUUCAUCAUGACAUUGGAACUCACGUGAUCCAUCAUCUCUUCCCACAAAUCCCUCACUAUCACUUGGUCGAUGCCACGAAAGCAGCUAAACAUGUGUUGGGAAGAUACUAUAGAGAACCAAAGACGUCAGGAGCAAUACCGAUCCACUUGGUGGAGAGUUUGGUCGCAAGUAUUAAGAAAGAUCAUUACGUCAGUGACACUGGUGAUAUUGUCUUCUACGAGACAGAUCCAGAUCUCUACGUUUACGCUUCUGACAAAUCUAAAAUCAAUUAAUCGCUUCCUUUUUCAUUUGUUUAGCUCUAUUAGGAAUAAACCAGCCCUCUUUUU